UAAACAAGCAGCGAAUGGGUUUUGACGUCACUGCUGCUGCCCUCUAUAAUAAGUUCAGACAAACAAACAGCAGAGCAGUUACUAUUCAAGAUGAGAAGAUUUCUGAUACUGCUCAGCGUUCUGCUGGUGCUGGAGGGAAACGAGGCUUAUGAGCAACUAAACCAACAUGAACAAAGAAUUGUUGACAAGGCUAUAAAACAAGCCAAUGAGGAACUUGGAAAACAGCAGCAUCUUGAUUAUUCUUCCAUUUUACAAGCUAAUGAUGGAAAACGCAUGCUGCAUGUGUUAUUAAAACCCACCUCAUGUGAGAAGAAAACUCCAGCCGAUCAUCAGGGAAACUGUGAAAUCCGACAUAAGGCUAAGCCUCAGGUGUCUUGUGUUGCCUGUCAUGAAGACAUAAAUUGUUUCCCUCUCAGAGAGCAUGUAAAGACAACAAAAGCUAUAAAUGAUUGUUUGACCAGUUUAUCGCAACAGGGGGGAGGGCUUGUAUUGUCCUAGAAAAAAAGAAGAUGAGUAAAAUGGAGGUUGUGUGAGGAAAAAGGUUAAGGAUUUUUGCAAGUGACCAUAUGAUUUAAAAAGAAUAUUAAUAAUACUAAUUUAAUAUAACUUGUAUAGUUUUUUUCCAGGUAAACAUAUUUUAAAAUGUAAGUAGAUCUAUGAUCAUCAAUCAGCAUUUUCAGUAUGCAUCAAUCAUCAUGUAUUUUAAAAUAAAUAUGGAUAUUGAAAUGUCCUGAAAUGUCACAUAGAAAAAAGGCCCAUAAUUUAUGAAAGGCAAAUUGUAUUUUUUUUUAAUAAGCUUAAAAAGAACAGCCUACAAUGUGAUUUUGUAUUUAAUUAAUUUAAAGAACUGAUGUCUAACAAUGUCAUGUUGUUAAUUCUAACAGUUGUUUUGGUUUGUGUUUUAAUGGUGAUAAUACAAAAAAAUACUAUAAUAAUAAAACAUUAAAAAUGCUAACACAAUGUGUCAUUGUCCUGUGAUGUAUGAAAAUAUUAAACUACUAAUUCACAGCUACGUUAA